AUGUCCAAAACGGAGAAUGGCGAACUCAAAUUUUCUAUCCGACGCUUGAUUGAUACAACAACAGCAUGUGCGAAAAAAGAAAAGCGCCUAUCAAGUCAAUCGCCUUCGAGUUGUCAUUCUCAUGCGAAUCGUUCAUCUAAACGAUUAAUGGUUGAAACUCAAACACCAUUAAUUUGUAGUCCAAUACCAAUGAUCAACGAUAAAUUUCCUCAUCCAUAUUGGGUAUUUUUAUCUCAAUUAUCAAAUAGAACUACUCCGGGAACUUUACCAUUACAUUCAUCAUUAAUUUUUCUUAGCAAAAUGAGUCAAUUAUGGCAACAAGCUCAACAAACGCAAACUUCACCGUCAAUACCAACAGAAAACGAUAAUGGUUCUGAUGAAGACGCCGACAUAGAUACAUCAUCGAUUCAUAACGAUAAUGAAAUAGAUUUUGAAGAAAAGGAUGACGAUGACAACGACGACGACGACGAUGAUGAUGAUGAUGAAAUCGGUGAGUUUUCAAAUAGUAGUGGCGAUGAUAAAUUGCAUCCUUCAACAAACAGUGAAGAAAAUGAUAAACUAAAAAUUUAUCCUUGUAGCCAAUGUGGAAAAGUUUUUACUGCUCAGUACAAUUUAGUUCGACAUAUGCCCGUACAUACUGGUAUUCGUCCAUUUAUUUGCAAAGUAUGCGGAAAAGGUUUUCGACAAGCAUCAACACUAUGUCGUCAUAAAAUAAUUCAUACAUCUGACAAACCACAUGCUUGCCGAAUAUGUGGCAAAGCAUUUAACCGUUCAUCAACAUUAAACACACAUAUGCGCAUUCAUCAAAAUUUUAAACCAUGGAUUUGUGAAUAUUGCGGAAAAGGUUUUCAUCAAAAAGGAAAUUGGAAAAAUCAUAAAUUAACACAUUCAACUAUAAAACAAUAUAAAUGUUCGAUAUGUUCAAAAGCAUUUCAUCAAGUCUAUAAUCUAAAAUUUCAUAUGUUUACGCAUUCCGAAGUAAAACCCUAUACAUGUAAGAUAUGUUCAAAAGGUUUUUGUCGAAAUUUUGAUUUAAAAAAGCACACGCGCAAUGUACAUGUAAGUAAUCCCAAUACCGGAAGGAAAAAUCAAGACUAA